UUUCUGGCUAAAAAAGAGAUGGCUUUACUUGAUAGGUUACCCUGUUGUUAUAGUAGGGUUCCUUAAGGGAGGCUUUUGACAAGCCACUUCAGGAGGAUUUCCAAGAUAAUUUGGUUUUUAAAAAACCAAUGUGUUUCUCAGCUGUUUGAUUUUGCUCUGUGUCAUCUUCACAUUCUGCGCAACCAAGCGUAGCCUAUUGCAGAUGAAGUCAAUAUAUAUAAAAUGGAAACUGGGAAAGUAGCAAUAAAUAGCUAACCCUUUGGCGGACCUCUGGUCCUGUUGAAAGACACACUGGCUCUGCCUGUAACUUGAAGAAAGAUGAAAUCAUGCAUCAGGAUAUCGUUCCGCUGUGUGCUGAAGAGAUUGAGGUCCAGCUGAGGAAAAAGUUUGCCUUCCUGUCAGGUGGACGUGGAAGAGAUGGUUGUCCUGUCAUUACUUUUCCGGAAUACUCAACAUUUAGUGAAAUUCCAGAAAACGAUUUUCAGAAUGUCCUGACAUACCUCACCAACAUCCCCAGUUUACAAGAUGCUGGAAUUGGAUUUAUCCUGGUCAUAGACCGCAGGCAAGAUAAAUGGAGUUCUGUACAAGCUUCUGUUCUACGGAUUGCGGCAUCAUUUCCAGGAAAUCUUCAGUUAGUCUUGGUUUUGCGACCCACGGGAUUCUUGCACAGAACUCUCUUUGACAUUGCAUUCAAAUUCCAUAAAGAUGACUAUAAGAUGAAGCUACCGAUCAUAAUGCUGAGCUCACUAGCCGAGUUAAACAGUUACAUUGACAGAACACAGCUAACCGAGGAUCUUGGUGGCACUCUGGAUUACUGCCACGACAGGUGGCUGACCCAUCGCACUGCUAUAGAGAGCUUUGCUCGAAUGGUGAAGCAGACAGCACAGACGCUUCGCUCUUUUGGAGCUGAACUGGCAGAAACAGAAUUGCCAAAUGAUGUGGAGUCUACCAGGUCCCUCCUUACAGCCCAUACUGAAAGCAAAGUCAAAAUGAAGGAGGAUCUAAGGAUAGCAGUAGAUGAAGGCCAUGAUAUUCUCCAUAGUAUUAGGAAACCAGUUCUUGAAAACCCAGAGUAUAAGCUGAAUCCAGAUCAAGUGGAAAACCAAGUCACUGUGGAAAGGCUUCUAGCUCAGCUAGAUGAAACAGCAACAGCCUUUGAUGAAUUUUGGUCUAAACACCAACAGAAACUUGAGCAGUGCUUACAACUUAGACAUUUUGAACUGGAUUUCAAAGAGGUCAAAUCUGAUCUAGAUGCUGUGUCUGAAAGGUUAUCUCGUUUCACAGAAAUGGGAAACAGCUGCUCGCAUGUUGAACACAUUUUGAAAGACCUUGCCAACUUUGAAAGCAAAUCUCAUGAUGUUCUGGAAAAGGCCAGGAUGCUCAUUUCGACAGCCGAUCAGUUUAUACAGAACAAUCAUUAUGCUGUGGACUCCAUCCUCCCAAAGUGCAAUGAACUCCAGCAACACUGUGGCAUGAUUGCUGCACAAGCAAAUAAAAUAAGGGCUCUCCUCAAUCAUUCUUUUGAACUUCAUAGCCGGCUGGAGAAGUCCAUGAGGUGGUGUGAUGAAGGAAUUUAUUUGUUGGCUUCCCAACUUGUAGACAAAUGCCAGACGCAAGAUGGAGCAGAAUCAGCUUUACAGGAGAUUGAGAAAUUUUUGGAUACUGGCAGAGAAUAUAAGCUCAAGGAACUGAAUGAUUUGUACAGAGAAUAUGAAGCUAUCCUUAGUGAGGAAUUAAUGGAACACAUACAAAAAGUUUUUCAGAAGCAAGAAGGCAUGGGAGAAAUGUUUCAAAAGAGGCAGGUCAGUCUUAAGAAGUUGGCUGCCAAGCAGACUCGUCCAGUUCAGCCUGUGGCCCCUCGGCCAGAGGUCUCUCUCAAAUCACCUUGUCCUUCUCCAGGGCCUCAAAGAGAUUCUGAAGAUCCAUCCAGUCUUGACAAUCCUAUGAUCCAGAGAAUCAGCUUCAGAAGAGCCAAGAGUGAAUUAAGUGAAAUCCACCAAACUAGAGGGGGCUCUGUGAUGGAUGAUGAAGAAAAUCUAGCUGUCUUGCGGAAACACGUUAUUAAUGAACUUCUUGAAACUGAACGAGCUUAUGUGGAAGAGCUUCUGUGUGUUCUUGAGGGCUAUGCUGCAGAAAUGGACAAUCCUUUAGUGGCACACCUCAUUUCACCUGGGCUGCAAAAUAAAAAGGAUGUAUUGUUUGGAAAUAUGGAAGAAAUCUAUCACUUUCACAACAGAAUAUUCUUGAGAGAAUUAGAAAAUUACAUAGAAUAUCCAGAACUGGUAGGAAGGUGUUUCCUUGAAAGGAUGGAAGACUUUCAGAUUUAUGAAAAAUAUUGUCAAAAUAAACCUCGAUCUGAAAGUCUGUGGAGGCAGUUCUCAGACUCUGUGUUCUUCCAGGAGUGUCAAAGAAAACUUGAUCACAAAUUAAGUUUGGAUUCCUAUUUACUGAAACCUGUUCAAAGAAUAACCAAAUAUCAGUUGCUGCUAAAGGAAAUGUUAAAAUACAGUAAAAACCGUGAAGGUGCUGAAGAUCUCCAAGAGGCAUUAACAUCAAUAUUGGGAAUUCUUAAAGCAGUGAAUGAUUCCAUGCAUCAGAUUGCAAUCACUGGCUAUGAUGGAAACAUGAAUGAACUGGGCAAACUUCUAAUGCAAGGAUCAUUUAAUGUAUGGACUGAUCAUAAAAAGGGCCAUUCGAAAGUGAAGGACCUGGCACGGUUCAAACCUAUGCAAAGGCAUCUCUUCCUCCAUGAGAAGGCAAUAUUGUUCUGUAAAAAGAGAGAGGAAAAUGGAGAAGGAUAUGAAAAAGCACCUUCAUACAGUUAUAAGCAUUCUCUAAAUAUGACUGCUGUUGGAAUAACAGAAAACAUCAAAGGUGAUGCUAAAAAAUUUGAAAUCUGGUAUAAUGCAAGGGAAGAAGUUUACAUAAUACAAGCCCCAACCCCUGAAGUCAAAGCCACUUGGGUAAAUGCAAUCAGAAAAGUAUUGACCAGCCAACUGCAGGCAUUUCGGCAAGCUAGCCAGCACAGGAUUCUAGAGCAUACACACAGUUUACCGUUACCUGCAUCAUCUAACACAAGCCCUUCUCAAAAUGACGGAAGGAACAUCAGAAAACAGGAAGAGAGAAAUUCUGACCUUGUAUGUCCGGAUGGUUGUAUCACCACAGUCACAUCCAAGUAUCCUGAAAAAGGCAAAGAAUCUCCUACCACAAAAAGCCAGACUUUACCAAUGAUCCUUCUUUCAGGACCAGCUCCUCCUAUCAGUCCUGACAAAAAUAUUAAACGACAUGAAGUAAAGAGUGAUCCAACUCCUUUGGGUCUGAGAGGAUGGUCCAAAACAUCUCAGUCUGUUGAUGCCUCUGAAGAAAAUGAUGGUUGGUCCAGUGCAGAGGAUCCAUUCAAUUCCUCAGAUGCCGAAGACGAAGUAAAAGGAGAGAAGAAGCUGGCUCCUGGUAAAUAUACUGCUGUGGCUAAUUAUGACAAGGGAGGCUCUGAAGACUUGGUCCUGAAAAGUGGAGACUUAGUUCAGCUGAUCCUCGAAGGAGAAGAUGGGCUUUGGUACAUAAGGAACUUGAGCACCAGCAGGGAAGGAUGGAUGCAUAUCAAUUGUCUCUUAGCGUUGCUUGGCAGCUCAAAAUCGGCUCUUUCUCUGACUAGCUCAGAGUCAGCGGCUGGUUCGAGUACUCUGAGUUCAUCUUCAAGUUACAGUGAAAACUGCAACGUUAGUAGCAUCAGUGUUUCGGACAUUAAAGGUUGACUGCAGACUCCUGUGAAGCUUUUGAAUUUCCAAUACAAAAACUGGAUGCUAGAUAAAAACAGAGACACACUUUGCCGUGUGUCUCUCAUUUUGUCUCUACCAGCCCUCAAGUUCACGAGGACUUCUUAAAGGCAUUAUUUAAGAAUGUAGAAAGGUCAUUGCAAGCAUGGAGAGCAUGCUGGAGAAAAAGAAGUCUCCGGAAGUCGCAUGUCAGACGUUACUCAAAGUGGGCCUUGCCACAAUGUGGAAGAAUGUUAUGGAGAAAUCAAGUUGUGUUAACCGCUGUGAAUUUGUACAGUUCAAACAAGAAUUAUGAAGUUAAUAGAAUGUAAGGAACUUGAUUGUUACAGAUGACUGUAAAUGAAAACUUCUUAAGUCAACGUGUAAUGUACAGGAACAGUCUUUACAACAGGAUAGGAAUUAUGUGGCCCUCCACAUGUUUGGACUUCAACUCCCAUCAGACCUAUCCAGCAAAAUCUUUGGUGAGAGAUGAUGAGAACUGCAAUGCAAAGGUCCUUGGAGGGUCGACCACCUUUUCUAACAUCAGGGGAUUCCAUUUUGAACUAUUUAGUCUUUCCUGACUUUGCUCUAUACUUAACCACCGUGCUUUAUACACCUAAAGGCUAUGUCGCAAAAGAAAGGGACAUUUCCACUACAACAGAACCCCCCCCCCUUUUUUUUUUUUACAGUAUGUGACAAUAGCUAUUUAGAUGUAUUUUUUACCACAGAGCCAAAUCCUCUAAUAAGGAUGACUAUUUAUGGAAUGCUAAGAAUUUGAUAAACCUGUUUGUUUUUUUUAAAUGUGGAGUAAAAACAUUGAAACAUGUUUUCUAUAUCUUAUGCUAUUAUUAUAUAAAAUCAUGCAAUUGCCCUUAGCACUUACAAUUAAACCAUAAUGGAAGCAUUUCUAAUUCUUAUUGAGGCUGAAAUUUCCCAAUUCCCUUAUUGUGAAAUUAAGAAAUCUGUUCCAGCAAGAGAUGUUUUUCAACUAUUAGGCCCCAUCUGCAUUGCCAUAUAAUACAGUUUCAGAAUCCAAAUCAAUUGCAUUGAACUACAUCAUGUGGCAAUAGGACUCAUAUAAUCCAGUUCCAUGCAGUUAAUCUGGAUUUGGAAACUGCAUUAUAUAGCAGUGUAGAUGGGAUCUAAGAUAUGGUUUACAAAAUCUGCAUUUCCAAAUGCAAGCUAUAUGUAAUUUCUUAUAUAGACCAUAUUAAAUUCUUACAUAUUUCUUAAUUAACUAAUAGCUCAUAUAAUCUGUACCUCAUUCAUGUGUUAUAUCAUGAAGAGUCAUAAGGACGGAAUGUUUUGAUUGUCGGCACUUAUUAAAACUGAAUGGAUAGAAUCCAGCAAGAUAAAAUUAACUUGGAUUUUGCUUCCUGGUGUGUGAAGAGUGUUUCGUCAUAUUGUUCCCAAUGCUAGGAAUAUACUCAGGCUCCCAGUUACAAUCAAGCCGUGUCUGACUUUGGUCAGUACAACCAUUUAUGUCUACCUGUAUAUGUUUAUAUGUGUCAUGUAUAUGUUUAUAUGUGUCUUGUAUGUACUAAUGUAAAAUACAUAUUAUAUAUACAUAUCUAUAUUUAUACUCUUCAGGCUGCUCAAGAUGCCUCUGUAUGAACUCUGGUUUCUUCCAAAAGCAGCACUGUGAAUGUUGUCUUAAGAUUUUAUUUUAUACAGUUUUCCAUGUAAAAAUGCACCUCGUCAAAUCAUCGUAUACAAACAUGACUUUGCCACCUGAUGCACUGUCUGUUCUGGUCAUGGUAUUAAAUAGCAAUAGUCUCCGUAACUUAUUUUGUAAAUACGAAUAUUAAAAAAAAUACCUAUAUUCCAAAAUAAAUAGAGAGGAAUACCAUUCUGAUGCAUAUAAUAAGAGUCAUAAUUCUCUCUACCAUCAUCCCACCCCUCUGCUGCUAUGGGUGCCAUCUUGAGUAGCUGAGAAGCAUUGAAUAUCUUUCUGUAAAAAAUGUAGAAUUAAUAAGUGGUUUAUCGCUUCUCAGGUUUAUGUGAAGGAACUACUUUGGGAACAUGAAGCUUUGGAGAAAGUCCCUCCUAUCACAUCUUGUCUGUUUUCACUUUGUCCCUGAAUCCAUCUUCUUGCAUUUCUCACAUGGUUAUACAUGAAUCAUUGCACUUUAAUACAGCCCACAGUUUUGACUUUUCUACUACUGUUGUAAAUUAAUUCUUCAGAACCAAUGUCUUUGAUGUCUAUAAUAAAUUCUGAAUAAAUUUCAA